CAUCGCAAGGCCGGAAUCCCCUCCGCCGGAGCGAGGAAGAUGUUUGAUUGAUUAUCUUCUUUAAUUCCGCGUAGCUUAUCGAUUUACCAGUCGUCAAGUCUGUCUUUUGAUGGAACAUUGAGGGUCAUGGUGAAAUCUUUAGGUUACCGAUGGCUUGUAGCCGGAUGGAUCCUCGUUUACGCUAACCAAUUCUUUGUCAAUAAUCGGCAUGAUUGUCCACUCGAAACUAGCGACCGCAGCCUUUUGAUGUUUCGAACAAUUCGCAAGUACUAGGUACUAAAAUUUCCGAUGGCAAUGCAACGCAAGAGUUGGGAAAACUAACGUUGUUAAAAAUAAGAAAACCGAUAAUCUUAUCAUAAAGAUAAGUUUUCCUGGAAAAGGUAAUUAAAACAACAGUUGCACUAGGAUUCAUAUCUUCUGUUUGGUAGAAAGAUGGAUAGUUUCAUUUUCAAGAUGUCCAUUACGUUGUCGUACGCGAAUAUUUUAAAAUCCCGAUGUGUUAAUGAUGAACGAUUGUUUCCGUCUCAUUUCCGUGCACCAGACUCGCACGCACCGACGACGCGACGGCCAGUGACAAAAAACGGAUGUCGUUGAUCACCUGCAAGAAAUGGCAAUUCACGGAAAAAAGAAAGAACCUAUAAAACAAAAAUGAAUUACUGGGACCUAAGUUCAUUUGCUCGCCAUCAGCCGUCUACCUAUCAACGUUUGUUCCGAUAAGAAAGAUUUUUGGGACUUACGAGCAAAUGGAUCGUUCAAUCAUGGUAAUGUUCUCCAUUAUGCUACUGGGGUGCUGUUACGUUCAGGUAGCAUUUGGGCAACAACCUAAAUCGAUACUCAAUACUAAUCACAUAUCAGACAACGCUACGGAUGCAUAUCGAUCUUCUAAAUUCAUAUCGUUGUUUUCCAUCGUACGAUUUUCCAAUGCUCCCUGUACGACAUCGACUGGUCUCAAUGGAACGUGUUUCACUUCAUCUGAAUGUUCUAGCAACGGAGGCACUGCAACUGGAAGCUGUGCGUCCGGAUUUGGAGUGUGUUGUGUCGUCACCAUCCAAACGUGUGGAAGUACAACUGCUUUGAAUAGCACGUACUGGCAAAAUCCCGGCUACACGAAUACCUACACCACUGCUGGGCAAUGUUCUCUUUACGUCACUAAAUCUUCUUCGCACAUCUGUCAACUACGAUUGGAUUUUAUUGGAUUUACGUUGGCUAAUCCGGAUUCCAAUGCCAAAGUAUCUGCUGGCCAAUGUUUGGUUGACGUGUUCACAGUGACUGGCCAAUCGAAUUCCGUCCCAGCCAUAUGCGGCAGCAACGCCAAUCAACAUAUUUAUAUGGAUAUGACUCCGGGUACGCAGACAUUUAGCUUGAAUAUGAUUCUUACUGGAACGACAACUUCUCGUCUAUGGAACAUCAGAAUCAGUCAGAUACCAUGUGGAACGUCAUACACUGCUCCUGAAAACUGUUUACAAUACUUCACGGAACCGACUGGCACGUUAACUUCGUUCAAUUACCAGUACGCCACUACUCCAGUCAUUCAACAUUUAGCGUAUCAAGACUACAAUAUAUGUAUUCGUACGAACCAGGGAUUCUGUGGCAUUUCUUAUGCUCCCUGCUCAACAACUACUACAAAUGGGGAAGCAAGUUUUGCCAUUUCUGGAAUUGAUACUGCUGUGGCUGCGGCUGCCUUUGCUGCAGGGACCACGUCCCUGGUAGAUGCUGAAUGCGGAAAUGAUUGGCUUCAGAUCCCUUGCGCCACUGAUCAGAUAAACAGCGUUUACACGUCGGCAAGCGUAGCCGCCCCAACUGGACCAACAGUUGGUUGCGUGAACAAACUGUGCGGUGUCUUUUUCAGCGCCAUCACUGCAGCCGCUGCCAACGCACCAGUCUAUAGUUACACGAAGCCAUUUAAUCUGUAUUUCCAUACGGAUGGAAGCGAAUUUGGCAUGGCUACUGCGGAUGCAAUAGGUACAUCUACGGAAAGUUUCGGCUUCUGCCUGACUUACACGCAGCUAGCUUGUUCCAGCACCCUUUCUAAAACCAGUGGCUAACUGAAAAACAGCUAGUUGACGUAUUCCAAUUAUUGUGGGCACUAUAUUUAUAUUCUUAUAUCACUUCCUGAAGUUGAAAAAAAAAAAAAAUGUAAACCCAAAACGUUUGAGUAUUUGACAUUUUAGGACCUGGCAGAUCCCGAACUUUCUCAAACGCAUCCAGAGGAAUUGGGUAAUGAUAAUUUAGCAUUUAGAAGAAAUACAAGAGCAUUACAAGUUG